AUUACUGUUUCUACAUACUACCUGAUCAUACGAUAUUUUGCAUUCUAUAACUUCAAAAUGAAACCUCCCUUUUCUUGACAGAUAAACACUACAUGUGAAGACUGGUGAAAGGGAACAUUGAUUUCUGAAGGGGGGCCCUCAGAGGAAAAGCUCUGAUCAGUGUCACGUGGACAAACGCUCAGUGUUUUCCGAAAAUGCUUUGAAGUAGUCUUUGCUACUGCUUUCCUUCUCUUCAGAACAUGGGCUGCAUGAAAUCAAAGCAAACUUUCCCAUUUCCUACCACAUUUGAGAGUGAGAAGCGGCAUGCGGAUGAAGAAAGCUUUGUGUUGGAAGAGAGAUUUCUACCUAGGAUGCCUUCUCCAGUUAUCGAUAAAGAGGAAGUGAAGGAACCUCCAGGGCCAGAAGUUGUGGUCUUCGAAUUUGCACACCGCCUGUCCCAGGAAAUCCUGAAUGAUGCCUUGCAGCAGUGGGCAGGCAAUAACAUCAAGUAUCAUGACAUCCCAUACAUUGAGAGUGAGGGGCCUUGACGCUGUAGGAUGACACUUUCUUGAACUGUGGAUACAGUUGGUGCUAGUUUAAAUACAUGAAACAAAAGCAAAAACUGGUGUGGAUAAAUACAAAUAACUCCA